AUGUCAGACUACAACAUGUCAGAAUCGGACGAAGAUGGAGUAAAGCAGAUAAUCCGCCAUCUAGAAAAUGAAUUCGAGCGUUACAAACCCGGAAAAACGUUGACGCUCUGUCUCCGAGACCCAGGAAUCCGCCCCGAGUCCAACGAGUGGCUCCUCCCAAAUUUCAACCCAACCAUCGACCAGCCGGAUCACGAAGCGCAAGUCGAGAUCAUCGAAUACUUGAGGGGUGGUAACAAGGGUGGUGCCCUGGUCCUUUUAUGCAAGAUCAUCAAGGUGCCAUCUAUCAGGCAUGAUACUCACCAUCCUCUCACUCGCGGACUAAAGGUUGUGCUCAAAGUGUUCGACUCAGCAUUCUUCCCUCAGCAGCUGGAAAUCUUUCUGCGCGAUCACACGCCAAGCGACCUCCCCAAUCAGCUCCUGAGCCGGGAGGCUAAUGCCUACGAGUACUUUUACGGGCAGAACAUGACGGGCGACCCUCACAUGGUACCACAGUAUUACGGCAGCUGGGCACUCAAGUUCGACGUCAGCGACUCAUCUGGACCUAGUGGCUCUUCUUCAACCCAGACACGACCUUGGAGAUGUGUAGGCGCUGUGCUCAUCGAGCACAUCAGAGGUCGAUCGCUUGAGAAGAUUUGCAAGCAACAUGAGAGCGGAGCCUUGAUACCCGACCAGGCUUUGCUUCCCUUUCCCGAUUCCACGAGUGGCAAGAAAGAAGGACUCUCGUUCAAGGAUUUGUCAUCUCGCCUAAAGGUUUUCAAGCAAAUCGUUCAUGGCGGCGUUUGCUUCAAGCAUGUCGGCGCUGACCUCACAAAUUUCAACGAUUUUGUACCACGCAACAUGUUCCUUACCUUCAGCAAUAAGAGCCAACUGGCCCUAGAAAACGUCCGCCCUGUUCUUCUUGACUACAGUCGCUGUGUCAUAUGGUCUCAGAGCCGUCAAGGCACGCACGGACGGCUCGACGAAGUGUACCCAGACGCCCCGCCCAUUCCCAGCAGAUACGUCCUAGACAAAAGCCCAAUGCAGCGACUUCCGAGGCCUCCACACCCUCUGAUCAUCUACAAUCAUGUCAGCUGGCUGCAGGACUUCAGAGGCUGGUUCCCCGUCGACUGGAUGGAGAGAGGGUCGGACAAGUUCGAGGUCUGGGUCAAGGCCGAAUUUGGAGACCCCACUCAGAAGGGAAACUACUCGACUAGAGACAUGCUUACGGAGAUAAUGCAUGAAGCAUGGAGGACGGGUCAAGAGAGUUAUGAGAGUGAAAAGCCGUUGCUUAUCGAACAGGGAAGAUACGACUUGAUCAUCAAGGACUGCGACAUCCAUCCAACUCCCACAGAGAAGCGUCAGGCCCACGCAGACGCCAAACACACAAAGCACAGAUCAUGCAUUCGAGAAAGGUCAGAGAAAUUUAUCGGGAAAAUGGAUGGCCUAUUUCAAGUAAACUGGAUGCAGACUGUGAAGAUCCGCCCGCCCCCGAGACAGGCUCCUAGGAGAAGCCAGCUCAGGGAGAUGAGGAACUUCCGCAAAUGA